UCCGCCCUCUCUUUCCGCGGUUCCUCACUGCGCUGCCCCCGGUGCCCUGGACCCCGCAGUCUGCUAACCCCGGCCGCGCUGACUGGGCACUGGCCGGGCGCGUCGCCCCUCGCGGGACCGGCGGGGCCUCAGCGGCGAGAUGGGCCUGAGCCCCGCCGCCGCGGGGGAGUGCGGGCUCCGCGUCUCUAAGUUCCCCCGGUCCCGCUCCAAACCCGCCUUGAGAACUGCAGGUAUGGGACCAAAAGACAACCAACCUGCUUCUGGCCAUUCAGCUGUGCCCCAGGAAUGGGAAUCCGUGGGAUCUCAAGCCUUCGUCCAGCUCUUGCCCAAGCAGCCGCAGCAGGGCGUGUUAGAACAGAGCGGAAGCGUCCAGCAGGGGGAGAAGCUCAUAGUUAAGUUGGAGACAACACCCAACCAGAAGAGGGCAGAGUCGAAUUCAACUCCGAAGCCUGGGAGUGCAGGCAAAUUGACAAAGCAGGCAGCUGAGGGUAAACCAAAACCCAGACCUGGAGACCUGAUUGAGAUUUUUCGAAUUGGCUAUGAGCACUGGGCCAUCUAUGUGGAAGAUGACUGUGUGGUCCAUCUGGCUCCCCCGAGUGAGGAAUUUGAGGCUGGCAGCAUCACUUCCGUCUUCAGCAACCGGGCAGUCGUAAAAUACAGUCGCCUGGAGGACGUGUUGCAUGGCUGCUCCUGGAAGAUCAACAACAAGCUGGAUGGGACCUACCUGCCCCUGCCCGUGGACAAGAUCAUCCAGCGUACAAAACAGAUGAUCAACAAGAUAGUGCAGUACAGCCUGAUUGAAGGGAACUGUGAGCACUUUGUCAACAACCUCCGAUAUGGCGUGCCCAGGAGCCAGCAGGUGGAGCACGCCCUAAUGGAAGGAGCGAAGGCUGCCGGGGCAGUGAUUUCAGCGGUAGUGGACAGCAUGAGGCCCAAACCAGUGACUGCCUGACACUGCCAAAGACUCCAAGCAGAGGAAGAGCUGCUGAUAGCAGCAAAGAGAACCUGCCUCUCUCCUGCCCUUGCCUUCCUCUCUCAAUGGCCCCAUGUAAGAAACUUGUGAGCUUCUGGAAAAAUGUAGAACGCAUCCAAUUACCCCUCCAGAAAUACAUCCACAAAUGUGA